AUGUUUGGAACUACAUCAAAUGGAUCUUCAAUUCAAAUCGAUUGUAAAAAAAGAUUAUUUGAUGAAGAUGAUUCAAUCGAAAAAGAUCCAGAAAUUAUAGAAAUUAAACAAAGAAAUUCUGUUAAGAAACAAAAAAUAAUCUCAACACGUUAUCAUUGUCAAAUACCAAAUCAACCAUUUGUAGUAUUAACAAGUCAUCUGAAUGAACGAUAUUAUUUAUUAGUACGUGAUGAUGAUGAUGAUUGUUUCAAAUUUUCAUUAAAUAAUGGAAAUAAAACAAGUCUACUUAAAGUAUCAGUUGAUGAAAUGAUUGAAAAACGUGUUCGUCAAGAAUUAGAAGAACUUACAAAAUCAAUAGAUAAACGAUCAACAGUUAUCAUUGAAAAUGAAGAUGAAUCAACUUUGUCAAUUGUUGAUGAAUAUACAGAUGAAUUAUGGGUUGAAAAAUUUGCACCACGUGCUUUUUGUGAUCUACUUAGUGAUAUAGUUAGUUCAAAUAACUAUGGAAUAAUAAAUAAAAAAACUUAUCCAUCUGAUAUUCAAUUUGAAUUAGAUGCUUAUAAACGACCACAACAAAAAAUUGCUUUACUCUGUGGUUCACCAGGAGCUGGAAAAACAACUCUUGCACAUGUUGUUGCUCGACAUGCAGGAUAUAAUGUUAUUGAAAUGAAUGCAAGUGAUGAUCGAAGUAUAGAAUUAUUUCGUACACGACUUGAAACAGCAACACAAAUGAGAGAAGUAUUAAGUAAAGAUUAUAAACCAAAUUGUCUUCUAAUUGAUGAAAUUGAUGGAGCACCAGCGCCAUCGAUACAAUUACUUGUUGAUUUAAUUACUCGCACACCGGCUGAUCAACAACAAGCAAGUAGUAAAACAAAGAAAAAUAAUUCAUUUAUUCUUCUUCGACCAGUUAUUUGUAUUUGUAAUGAUUUAUAUGUACCAGCUUUAAAACCUCUUCGUCAAAUAGCUCUUAUACUUAAUUUUCCACGUAUUGAACAAACUAUACUUGCUAAACGUUUAUUAACAAUUUCUGAACAAUUAAAUAUUCAAAGUGAUUUAAUUACAUUGAAUAGUUUAUGUGUAAAAGCGGCAUGUGAUAUUCGAUCAUGUCUUCAUUUUAUGCAAUUUAUUGUUACUCAAAAAGAUCGAAUAAUAACAAAAAAAAUGAUUGAAACUACAACUGUACUUGGAGUUAAAGAUGCACAAAAAAGUUUAUUUGAAAUAUGGACUGAAAUCUUACAAAUACCACCAUCAAAAAAAACACAAUUAACACUUCAAUUAGAUGAUCCACUUAAACGUUCAGGCAAAGUACCAUUAGCAAGGCGUUUACAACUACUCGAUUUAGUCUCAAAUUUAGGAAAUUAUGAUCGAAUCUACGAUGGCCUAUUCGAAUAUUAUCUAACACUUCAUUUUCAUGAUCCUAAAUUAACUUCUAUCGAUUAUGCUAAUAGUUGGUUAUUAUUCUAUGAUAUAAUUAAUAAAGA